AUGACUUUGUCCAAGCUGCGCGGAAUUAGGCUGCCUGCCCCGGCGGAUUUCCACGUCCACCUGCGCGAUGGUCCCAUGAUGGAGCUGGUGACUCCUACCAUCCGCAAGGGUGGUGUGAACACUGUUUUCGUCAUGCCGAACCUAGUACCGCCGAUUACGACCGUAGACCAUGCCCUCGACUACAAGAAGCGCUUGCAAGCCAUUGAGCCCAAUGUCAGCUACCUCAUGUCGCUGUACCUGCACGAGACCAUCACCCCCGCUACCAUCAUCGAUGCCAAGAAACGCGGCAUCACUGGUGUCAAGAGCUACCCCGCUGGUGUCACCACCAACUCGAGCUCCGGAGUGAUCGACUAUGCUGCCUUCUACCCGGUGUUCGCCGAAAUGGAGCGCCAGAACCUGGUCCUUAACCUGCACGGAGAGGUUCCCUCCACAGGCGAUGUGACAGUCCUGUCCGCCGAGGAGCGCUUCCUGCCUACCCUGCUGGAGCUCCACGCCCAGUUCCCCAAGCUCCGAAUUAUCCUGGAGCACUGCACAACAGCCGCUGCCAUCGAGGCCGUCAAGAAAUGCGGACCCACUGUGGCCGGUACCAUCACAGCUCACCACCUGUCCAUCAUCGUCGAUCACUGGGCCGGUGACCCAUUCUGCUUCUGCAAGCCUGUCGCAAAGACCCCGGCCGAUCGUGACGCUCUUCUCCGUGCCGCUGUAUCAGGUAACCCCAAGUUCUUCUUCGGCUCCGAUAGCGCUCCUCACCCAGCUGCCUCCAAGCGCGGUGGUGAGAAGAUUGCUGCCGGUGUCUUCACCCAGCCGUACUGCACCCAGGUCGUCCUCGAUUCCCUCGAGCAGGCAUGUGAGAAGGGAGUCCUCAAGGAAGAGGAGAUUACCCCAGAAAUUUUGGAGGGCUUCAUGAGCAAGUUUGGUCGUGCCUUCUAUGAAAUUGGUGAAGAGACCAAGGAGUUCAUCACCAUCGACAAGAAGGGUGAGAAGAUUGUAGACAUUCUGCAGUCGGAUGCAACCGACGUUGUUCCCUUCCGCAAGACUCAGGACACAUGGACUGUUACCUGGUCUUCAUAG